CUGAUAACAUGGAUUGCUUCAUGCAGCAGAUGUGCGACGCCCUUCAUGACGGUUCUCUGGGCAUCGAUCUAAACAUUGAUCUUGAGCAGGUGAAUAGUGUUGAGCCCACCGUCCCAUAUUCAGGUUAUCCUGCAGAUGUCGCGAUGGAAAAGCCAGCUGAGGAUGGAGCCUAUCAUGAUGUAGGUUUCGAGGAACGGGGGUGUGCUCCUGUACCAAGUUUCUCGAAACCCGACGCUGGAUUAUUAACCGACAUGCUGGCCGAACAGACUGCCAGAGGAACCGUGAGACCACCCUUUGAGAGUGAUUCACUCACAGGAUUAAUAUUACAGUACCAAUCAUCGGGCCCGAUUCAGUAG